AUGUUAAUUGAAACUAUGCAGUUCGGUGAUGAAACAAAUCCAUAUGCCUCAAGGUGGUCCGUGGCAGAAAUUAAAGAUACACAUACCAAUAUAUCUGUUUUCUCUAGAAUUUCGGAAGAAUACACAGAUGCAGAACAUAUUUUUGAAUUCGGACGAAAAACAGCCAGCAUAUUGCUACAGACAAAGGCGGCAUCAUUUUUAUUUGCUGUGACAUUGAUUCUUCCAGUGUUAAUGAUAGGCGUUGGUGUAUCCAAUCUGGAAGAGUGUCCCUUAGAUCCUAAAAUUCCAAUAUUUGUUCUCGUUGGUGGUGCUUUAGCGUCGUUAAAAAUACUACAAGUAAUGUGGAGUCAAUAUCAUCGUCGACGGAACCGUGAAGGUUUAACAGACGAAGAGGAAACGUCAGAAGGAGCCAAUGGUUCAGUAUUUAUGCAACGAUCAAUAUCAUUGAUUCUAUUUCUUUGGUUUGUAUUUGGUAAUUAUUGUAUAUUCAAAGUUCGCUUUCCAUCGUAUGAACAAACAUUAGAAGAUCCGGAUAAUUGGUGCAAGAAAAAUGUUUAUUUAAUUGCGUUUAUUAGUAUUGUAUAUUGUUACGCUUUAGUAGGCUUAAUGAUUACUUUACUGCUAAUUGUUGUAUGUGUUGUGCAUUGUAGACACAGACGAGCCAUUCAAAUAGCAAAAGUAGUAGGAAGUUGA